AUGUGCAAACCCGGCCCUCCCCGACCACCCCCACCCUCCCCCACUACCCCCAUCACCCCCGCCAUCCCCCACUACACCCGAACUCCCACACUACACCCGCCCUCCCCCACUACCCUCGCCCUUUCCCACAACCUCUGCCCUCCCCCACGACCCCCGCCCUACCCCACUUCCCCAACCCUACCCCAUGACCCCCGCUCCUCCCCUCGAGCCCCCGCCCUCCCCCACGAGCCCCCGCCCUCCCCCACGAGCCCCCGCCCUCCCCCACGAGCCCCCGCCCUCCCCCACAAGAUCCCGCCCUCCCCCACGAGUCCCCGCCCUCCCGCCGUCCCCCACUACCCCCGCCCUCCCCCACGAGACCUAGCCCUCCUCGACGAGCCCCCACCCUCCUGCCCUCCCCCACUACCCCCGCCCUUCCCCACAACCCCCGCCCUCCCCCACAACCCCCGCCCUCCCCCACAACCCCCCACCCUCCCCCACAAACCCCCACCCUCCCCCACAACCCACGACCCCCACCCUCCCCCACGACCGCCGCCCUCCCCCACGACCCCUGCCCUCCCCCACGACCCCCGCCCUCCCCCACGAGCCCCUGCCCUCCCCCACGAGCCCUGCGUCGCCACAAACCCCAUCCCCAAGACCUGCAUCCCACCAACCCCCACCAGCACCCCUGUCCCACCUACACCCACACCCCAACAACACCCCCGCCACGCCAUCACUCCUGCCUCACCAUCACUCCUGCCCCACCAAGCCCCAACAGCACCCCCCACCGACACCCCACCCCACCGACACCCCUGCCCCACCGAGUCCCCUGUUGUGGCGUAG